CGCAUGCCUGGUGCGUGCGCAGUGACGGCGGCGGCAACAGUCAUGGCGGCGCGGUGCGUGAGGGUGGCGCGGCGCAGCCUUCCUGCUUUGGCACUGUCUCUCAGGUCCUCUCCUCGGCUGCUGUGCACAGCGACGAAACAGAAGAACAGUGGCCAGAGCCUGGAAGAGGACGCAGGUCAGAAUGAACAGAAGACAGAUACUCCCUCCACGGAGAAGCUGCUCCUAGACGAGAAGCUCAAGCUGGAGGAGCAGCUGAAGGAGACCGUGGAAAAAUAUAAGCGAGCUUUGGCAGAUACGGAGAACUUGCGGCAGAGGAGCCAGAAGUUGGUGGAAGAGGCAAAAUUAUACGGCAUCCAGGGCUUCUGCAAGGACCUGCUGGAGGUCGCAGACAUCUUGGAGAAGGCAACGCAGAGUGUCCCGAAGGAGGAGGUCAGGGACGACAACCCGCACCUGAAGAGCCUGUACGAGGGGCUCGUGAUGACGGAGCUCCAGAUCCAGAAGGUGUUCACGAAGCACGGCCUGCUCCGGCUGGACCCCGUGGGGGCCAAGUUUGACCCCUACGAGCACGAGGCCUUGUUCCACACGCCGGUGGAGGGGAAGGAGCCGGGCACGGUGGCGCUGGUCAGCAAAGUGGGCUACAAGCUGCACGGGCGCACGCUGCGGCCCGCGCUCGUGGGGGUGGUGAAGGCGGCGUAGGCGCGCCGCGGGGCCGCCCUGCAUUCCAUGAGCUCCUUGCCGGGACUCCCCACGGCCCGGCCCACCUCUCCUACUUUUGACCCCUUCCCAAACCUUGUUGGAAAACUGUAGUAACCAGCGGCUAAACAGAAAACUCAGCUGGUGGCACAGAUGCGUGAAUGGCCUCUAAUUCGGGAGUCUGUUCGUUGAUUUUUAAUACGCCUUUAAUAGUCCUCGUGCUUCCAGAACAGGCCGGCGGGACGCUUCUGGGGCCUGGAGUCUCCCGGGGUGCGUGAGCUCGAGCUGCUCACAGCCUGGUGGCAGCCACGUGUCGUGAGCAAGUACGUGUCGCCAGAAACCACGGUGGCCGCACAGCCGCCCUCUGGCCCGCGGUAUCCCGUGCGCUCAGCCCGCUGCCUCCAAAGGGAAGGGAAGGCGUGGGUUUCAGCACGUUCCUGCUCAGAACAGUUUCACGACGCCCUUGAAGUACACGGGUUCGUUUAUAGUUAGCUCCCGUCUGGCUGCCAUGACCGGCUUCCGGCUUCUCUCCGGAAGUGAGCGCGAGCGCAAGCGCCUGAACGGCCCUCACCACCUUAUUAUGCCAGUAACUGAAUUGACGACAGUCGGGCACUUUUGCCCUGAUUUGUUCAUCUGUCUGUAGAAACGUUCGGAUCUGUGUUCGCUGGUUCCUGAUGCCCUGAAGGCAUCUUCCCGGGUGAGGUGGACUUUCUGAGUCUGACCGUCACAUGCUCGUAUAGUUGAAAUGUUCGUGUUGAAUUUUUAAGUUUUAUUUAAGAGGAUUAAAGCCCUAACAUUUAUUUUCCUACUCUGAUGAUAACCACUGUGUGUACGUGGUGUGUCCACCAGCUAAGCGGGAUGUGGCUCUCCCGUUUCUCUGCUCAAACCCUGAAGCCGGGUAGUCGACCCCCGUCUACACACAGGUCAGCUUCCCUCUGGUGCGGCCACAGGCUGGCCUGUAAGGGGGCCACUGCUGGGGGCAGAUGUCCCCACCUGCAGACCUGGGAAGGGGACCACAAACCCUUGGGGUGCCGCAAAAACACCUCCCAGAAGAGUUGAGCAAGCGAUGUUACAAACCACAGAAAAUCCAACCUUCUACUUGCCUUUGCUCCCAAGAGCUACUUGUAGGAGUCAAGGUCAACUCUGUUAAAUUCAUUUACUGCAUAAAAAGGUGGGGCAAUUUACUUCGCUUGUAAUUUUGAAAGAUGUAGGUAAUACUCCCAUAAUUAAAAUUUUAAUUUAUACCACUUU